AUGUCGAAACGUCCAGCUGAAGAUUACGAGAAUGGUGGUGUUGCUUUAAAGGGUGGAGAUCGACCGGUGCAACCAGAUGCUGCGGAUGAGCUGGGGGACUUCGAGGACGAAUUUGAGGACGAAUAUGAGAGUGAGGAUGAGAUUAUAGAGGCAGGUGUGGAUGGACGGCCCGAUGCUGAGAGGGAGGCAGAAGAGAAAGCUGAACAAAUGGAUGUCGAUCAACAGACAUUUAUUGUUGGACGAAAUAAACUAGAGCCUGGCCAAACGCUUUCCCCAGAUUUAUCGACUUACGAAAUGCUACAUGCGCUCUCCACGCCAUGGCCUUGUCUCUCGUUCGAUAUUGUAAAGGAUAGUUUAGGAGAUAGUCGCAAAACAUAUCCUGCCACGAUGUAUGCAGUUGCUGGUACACAAGCAGACAGUAAAAGAGAAAAGGAAAAUCAAUUGAUGGUCAUGAAGUUCAGUGGUCUAAGCAGAAUGGAUCGGGAACAGGAUGAUGACGACUCUUCUGACGAUGAGGAUGAGGAUGCGGAUCCAAUAUUGGAAUCGACGAGUAUACCAUUGACGAGUACGACAAAUCGCAUACGAACACACCAGACCCCGGCGAGCGAUUCGAGUAGGCCUCCUACGACUUUGACAGCGAGCAUGAUGGAGUCUGGCGUGGUUUUGAUCCACGAUGUCACACCUCACCUGAACUCCUUUGAUACUCCUGGUACUACGAUCACUCCACAACAAAAUAAGCCUCUCUCUACGCUGAGAAUGCACAAGUCGGAGGGAUAUGCUGUGGAUUGGUCACCGCUGAUAUCAACUGGGAAAUUGGUGACUGGCGACAAUAAUGGAAACAUCUUUGUCACUACACGGACCGCUGGUGAAGGAUGGGCGACUGAUUCGAGACCUUUUUCGGGACAUAGUGGCAGUGUGGAGGAGUUACAAUGGAGUCCUUCCGAGAAAAACGUGUUCGCGUCGGCGUCAAGUGAUGGGACGAUCAAAGUCUGGGAUGUGCGAAGUAAAAGCCGUACAGCUGCGCUCAGCGUCCAAGUCAGCAGUACAGAUGUAAACGUGAUGUCAUGGUCACAUCAAACCUCUCAUCUUCUAGCAUCUGGCGCCGACGAUGGACAAUGGGCAGUCUGGGACUUAAGGCAAUGGAAGCCCAACACCUCAUCGUCUUCCAGCCCAACGCCAGUAGCCAGUUUCAAUUUCCAUAAAGAGCAGAUCACUAGCGUUGAAUGGCACCCCACAGAUGAUAGCAUAGUCGCUGUAGCAGCUGGCGAUGAUACGCUGACACUAUGGGAUUUGGCGGUCGAGUUGGAUGACGAGGAAAGCAAGGAUACUGGUGGUGUGGCAGAGGUUCCUCCUCAAUUGCUUUUUGUCCACUAUAUGGAAAAGGUCAAGGAGCUACAUUGGCAUCCUCAGAUCCCAGGCUGCUUGGUUGGCACUGGAGAAUCCUUCAAUGUCUUCAAAACGAUUAGUGUGUAG